UUAUUUUUUAUUUUUUUUUGUUUUUUAGAUCUGCAUGUUUUCUCCUAAUGUCAAACAAUGAUUAUCCAGACAAAAUUGAUGAAUCAAAAGUUAAAACAUCUGAAUUUAAUAUAAAUCAACUUCCAACUUCCUUUCAAAAAUUUCUUCAAGAUAAUUCAAUCGAUCCUCAAAUUUAUACAGUUACCAACCUACCACGUUAUGUACGAAUCAAUACUCAUCUACCUCUUGAUAAGCGCCCUACAAUAGACGAUUUAAAAGAACAGCUACAAACUAAUGAGGUUAAUGCUGUUGAUGGUUUGGAUAAUUUUUUUAGUAUUCAAUUAUCAAAUAUAAACAAGCGUAUUUCAGACUUGCCAGCUUAUAAAGAUCAUGCUAUCUUUGGAAUUGAUCUUAGUUCUGCUAUUGCUGUCCAGGCAUUAGAUAUCUCAGAGGAUGAUCAAGUGCUUGAUUUAUGUUGUGCACCUGGUGCUAAAUUAUGUAUGAUUGCCAAUUUGCUUGGUCGAGAUGGCCUCGGUACAGCCACAGGUGUUGAUAUUGCUCAACAUCGAUUAGCAACUUGUAGAUCCCUUUUGAAAAAAUAUAAAGUAGGUGAAAAAGUGCGUUUAUUUGAAGCAGAUGGAACAACAUUUUCUGUGCCGCCCCCUUCCCGAUUAGGUAGUAGAGUAAUUACUACAGUCAAUGAGACAGCAAAACGACAAAAAAUGGACUUAGUACAAAAGCCUUUUUGGGCAUCUAAAUUACUUCGAUUUGAUAGUCAAACUAAUACUGAUGCACUUUAUGAUAAAGUUUUAGUGGAUGCUGAAUGUACUCAUGAUGGGAGUAUAUUGCACAUUUUAAAGUAGUAUCAAAAUUGGGGUUGGGAUGCCUUUGAAAAGAAUUUUAUGGAUCCAACAAGGCUAGCAACAGUCGCUAAUUUACAGCGCAAUUUAAUGCAACAAGGAUGGAAUAUGUUAAAAAAAGGUGGCAUUAUGAUUUAUAGUACGUGUUCGCUCUCUAUUCAACAAAACGAGGAAAAUGUAGCCUGGUUUUUAAAUAAGUUUAA